CUGAGGGAGGGAAGGUCACAGCGAGCCCCUCACCCACACGCGUCCCCGGCCCUGACCCCGUCCAGCCCUCGUCUCUGGGCUGGCGUGGGGCUGGACACCAGGGGCUCCAGGCCCGUGUCUCCAGGGGGUUAGCGCCCCCUUAGCUCAAAGCUGGGGACCGGCUCCUGAUGACCCCCCGGUGCCCCCCUCCCCACGGCUGACGAAGCGAAUGGCUGCAGAGCCCCCGCCGGACCUUCACCGCUCAGCCUCCCGCCUCCACCCGGGAGUGAGGAGAUUCAGACCCCAGCGCCAGGGAGAAAGUCCCACCACGGCCGUCAGCAAAUGGGGGUCCCGGGUCUCAGCAGGGCUCUGGCUGCCCUGGCCUGUCUCUCGCCUCCUCCUCCCAGGCCUGAGCUUUUCCUGUGCAAAAGCAGCCCAGUCUGCAGAGGUGGUUGGUGCUGGGCGUGGAGCAGGUGAAGGGGCGAGAGACAAGAAGGGCAGAACCCCAGCCAGCCCCGGCCGAGUUCACGCCAGCCGAAUUCACCCCAGCCAGCCCCGGCCGAGUUCACCCCAGCCGGGCCGCAGGCAACAGGCGCCCUGGCUCCUGCCCCGGCCUCCCUCCCUCUUCCGCCCUGUCCUCCUCCCUGGCUCUCUCACCUCUGUGCAGAGAACCGCACGGCGUGCGCACAGGACGGCCGGCUGGUGCGGACACGCCCACGGGCACGGGCUUCAUGGAUCUGGAACCCGUCCCUCAGCCCCUCUUUGGGGACCCCCGGGCCCCUCCCCCUCCCAGCUGUCAGGAACCAUCGGCCUCCGAUUCCUCCUCCCAAGGGGGGAGGGGGACCCCUCCCGGCUGCUCCUGGGGACCAGGCUGGGGACGCCUCCCCCGCCCCCGGCCUCGCCCUCCAAGCGUCCUUGGCGGGGCUGUGGAGAGACAGCGGGUCGCGAGCGGACGCGGCCCCGGGCGCUCCCCCGCCCCUCCGAGGGGACCCUCUGCAGGGUGGUCGCCCCCGGCCGCCCUCCGCUCCCGCAGGCCGCGCCGGCCCCUCCCGCGCUGGGCGCCGCGCCCCGGGGCUCCGGAGCGCCCUCCCGCCGCCUCCGCACGCCCUCCCAUUCACUUCCAUUCACUCCUUCGUCCUUCCUCCUCGUCCCCGCUGCAUUCAUUCAUAGCCCCCGCCCCGCCCGCCCCGACGCUUCAUUCAUUCCUUCAUUCAUUCAAGUCCCGGAGCCGGCCGGCGCCCGCCCCUCCGGCUCAGGACCCCAGCGCGCAGGCGCGGGCCGGGCGCCCCGCGGCUCGUCCAAUCGGCGCGCGGCCCGGGCCCUCCGCGCGCCCGCCCGCUUCCCCAUGAAUGAACAUGACGUCAGCGGGGCGGGGCCAGCCCACGUGACCCCGCGCGCUCCCCUUAUAAGGCGGCGGCGGCGCGGGCGCUGUCCAGCGUGCUGGAGCCGGAGCAGAGCGCCGCGGCCACCGCGCAGCCCGCAGCCCGGCGGCCCGAGCCCGACCCCGCGCCUCCGCGGACCCCGCCGUCCCCGCCCCGCCCCGCCGCCCCGCAGCCCGGCGGUCAUGAGGACGCUCGCGUGGCCGGCGCCCGUCCUGCUGGGCCUCCUCCUCCUGCGGGGGUCGGCAGCGGCGCCCCCCGGCGCUGAGCGCGCGGCGCGGGCGGCCGAGGACGCCCCCGAGCCCCGGGCCCGCGGCGAGCUCUUCCCGGGCGUGGACCCGCGCGCGCUGGCCGCCGCGCUGCUGCGGGCGCCGGAGCCGCCGUCCGCCCCAGCCGCCGCCGCCCCGCGCGCCGAGGCCGUGCGCAGCCAGACGCUCAGCCUCCCCGCGCCCGCGGCGGACGGCGGCCCCGGGGCGCGCUCGGAGGAGCUGGAGGCGCUGGCGGCGCUGCUGCAGGAACUUCGCGACUUCAGCCCGGGCGCCGAGCGCCAGCGGGAGACGGCGGAGGCCGAGGCGCGCACGCACACGCUCACCCGCGUGGACCUGGACAGCCCGGGGCCGGGCCGCGUGUGGCGCGCGUCGUGGGGCGAGUUCCAGGCGCGCGUGCCCGAGGCCGCGCCGCUCGCCGAGCCCGAGCCCCGCGCGGCGGCCCCGCUGCCCGAGCCGGGGGCCCCGCUGCCCGAGCCCGGCGCGCGCCUGCUGCGGCAGGGGCUGGCGCAGGUGCAGGCGGGCCGGCGGCGGGCCGAGGCCACGCGGCAGGCGGCGGCGCGCGAGGAGCGGCUGGCCGACCUGGCCUCCGACCUGCUGCUCCAGUACCUGCUGCAGGGCGGCGGCCGGCCGCGCGAGCCCGGCGCCCCGGGGCCGCGGGAGGGCGGGGAGGAGCGGCGCGGCGGGGGCGCGGCGGCGGCGGCCGAGGAGGAGGAGGACGCGGAGGCGGCCGAGGCGGAGGCGGAGGCCGAGGAGGCGGAGAGGGCGCGGCAGAACGCGCUGCUGUUCGCCGAGGAGGAGGACGGCGAGGCCGGCGCGGAGGACAAGCGCUCGCAGGAGGAGGCGCCCGGCCGGGCGGCGGGUGACGCGGGCGGCGACGACGACGACGAGAUGGACCCGCAGACCAUCGACAGCCUCAUCGAGCUGUCCACGCGGCUGCACCUGCCCGCCGACGACGUGGUCAGCAUCAUCGAGGAGGUGGAGGAGAAGCGGAAGCGGAAGAAGAACGCGCCGCCCGAGCCGGUGCCGCCCCCGCGCGCCCCCGCGCCGCCGCCCGCGCCCCCCGCACCCCCCGCGGCCGCCGCGCGGGACGAGACGCCCGACUGGAACGAGGUGCUGCCGCCGUGGGACCGGGAGGAGGCAGCGCCCGCGGGUCCCCCGCGCCCCUUCCCCAACUCCAUCCGGCCGCGGACGCUGCCGCCCGCAGCGUCCCCGCGCCGCCGCCACUUCCACCACGCGCUGGGCCCCGCGCGCCCCCGGCCCGACCCCGAGGCGCAGGCCCGGCGCGCGCAGGAGGCGGCGGACGCGGAGGAGCGCCGGCUGCAGGAGCAGGAGGAGAUGGAGAAUUACAUCGAGCACGUGCUGCUGCGCCGCCCGUGACCGCCCCGGCCCCGCCCCGCGCGCCCGCCCCGCGCGCCGCCACGCCCCCCUCCGUGCCGCCUCGCCCUCCUCCCAGCGCCUGCAUGCGCCCCGGCCCCGCCCCCAGCUGCCGCCCGGCCCCGCCCCCGAGGCCCCGGCUCCGCCCUCGGCCGCCGUCCGGCCCCGCCCCGCGAGGCCCCGCCCCGGCUCUCCGGGCUCGGGACCUGUCACGCUUCCCCGGGCGCGCGCCCCGUCGCGGCUCCCCCCCCCGGCCUCCCCCCAGCCCCGCUUCCCCCCCCGGGCCUCCGCCCCACCCACGCUCUCCCGCGGGAACCGGUUCCGGCCACUCGUGUGAUGUCCGCCCCGGCCUCGGCCGCCGCGAGCCCCACUCCCGCCCCUCUCUUUGUAAAUACCCCUCACGGAGGAAAUAGUUUUGCUAAGAAAUAAAAGUGACUAUUUUAUUAGGA